AUGGCUUCUUCUUCCUCUCCCAUGAAGGCUCCGAAAUCCGUCGCUGAUGUGGCGUCAUGGUAUUGUGCGAUUGUGUUGUUGGGCUUGAUCUUGUUGGCCUCCAUAAGGGAGAACUCCCUCGAAGAUGAACCGGUGAGAGGGAACCAGUUAUCGGACCGGCCCUGCGACGAGAUUUAUUUGGUCGGAGAAGGCGAGACCCUCCAGACCAUCAGCGACAAGUGCGGCGACCCGUAUAUCGUGGAGCGCAACCCGCAUAUCCAUGACCCGGAUGAUAUAUUUCCCGGGUUCGUUAUCAAGAUCACUCCCUCCAAGCCCACGUCAACGAAGUUUCUGAGGUAG